UUGUGGAUGGGGGUCGGCCGACUUUGGGGGUGGUCCCUGAUCACCGAAAGAAGAGGGAAGUACUGGCUGAAUGGCGCUCCAGUCCCCUGCAGGGCCUACUCCAUCCUACUUGUUACAUAUGUACUUCUGGGAAUUUGUGCAGCAAAUGAUUCAAAGCCAAACAUUCUCUUGAUAAUGGCAGAUGACCUUGGCAUUGGAGACUUGGGUUGUUAUGGCAAUAACACACUCAGGACCCCAAAUAUUGAUCGCCUUGCAAAGGAAGGAAUCAAACUCUCACAGCACUUAGCUGCUGCUCCUCUAUGUACUCCCAGCAGAGCCGCUUUCCUGACAGGUAGACAUGCCUUCAGAUCAGGAAUGGAUGCCACUAAUGGAUAUCGUGCACUUCAGUGGAAUGGAGGUUCAGGAGGACUUCCCACAAAUGAAACAACUUUUGCAAAAAUACUACAGAAGGAAGGAUAUGCAACAGGACUUAUAGGAAAAUGGCACCAAGGAGUGAAUUGUGAAUUCCGAACUGAUCACUGCCACCAUCCAUUAAGUCAUGGAUUUGACUAUUUUUAUGGCAUGCCUUUCACACUUAUAAAUGAUUGUCAAAUAAAUAAACCCCCAGAAGUAGAUGCUGCCUUUAGAGCUAAACUUUGGGUUUACACCCAGGUAAUUGUCGUUGGGAUGUUAACACUUAUCACUGGCAAACUUUCUGGCUUAAUCUCAGUAUCCUGGAAAAUACUGAUGUGCUUGAUUACUCUUAGUUUUCUGUUUUUCAUUUCCUGGUACUCCAGUUUUGGAUUUGUGCAGUAUUGGAACUGUAUCAUGAUGAGAAACUAUGAAAUUACUGAACAACCAAUGGUUUUAGAGAGAACAGCAACUCUUAUGCUAAAGGAAGCAAUUUCAUUUAUUGCCAGAAACAAGCAUAAGCCCUUCCUCCUCUUUGUUUCUCUGCUGCAUGUCCAUAUUCCUCUUGUUACCACAAAACAGUUCCUUGGGAAAAGCAGACAUGGCCUGUAUGGAGACAACGUAGAAGAGAUGGACUGGAUGGUGGGUAAAAUUCUUGAUGCAAUUGAACAAGAAGGCUUAAAAAACACAACAUUUACUUACUUUACCUCAGACCAUGGAGGGCAUUUGGAAGCUAGAGAAGGACAAGCCCAGCUUGGUGGAUCAAAUGGAAUAUACAAAGGAGGCAAAGGCAUGGGAGGCUGGGAAGGUGGAAUUCGUGUCCCAGGAAUAUUUCGAUGGCCUGGGAUGUUACCAGCAGGUCAAGUGAUUGAUGAACCUACAAGUCUGAUGGAUAUCUACCCAACUGUAGUUCAUCUAGGGGGUGGUAAAAUGCCCCAGGACAGAGUGAUGGAUGGCCACAAUCUGAUACCUUUGUUACAAGGAACUGUUGAGCACUCUGAACACCAUUUCCUAUUUCACUAUUGUGGGAUUCACUUACAUGCAGCACGGUGGCACCAAAAGGACAGUAACAAAAUCUGGAAGGUUCAUUAUAUAACUCCAAAUUUUCACCCAGAAGGAUCUGGAGCUUGCUAUGGGAGAGGAGUCUGCCCAUGUUCUGGGGAACAUGUAACUUACCAUGACCCACCUCUGCUAUUUGAUCUUUCAAGAGAUCCCUCUGAGAUGAACCCUCUUUCACCUGAUACUGAGCCCUUUUAUCAUACUGUGAUUGAAAGAUUAAGAGAGGCAAUAAUGGAGCAUAAGAAUACUUUCAACCCUGUUUCCCAGCAAUUUUCUAUGAACAAUAUCAUGUGGAAACCAUGGCUUCAGCCAUGUUGUGGUACAUUCCCAUUUUGUUCAUGUGACAAGGAAAGUGACGAUGCCCACACUGCUCUCUAGAUAUUUAAAAACAAGUAGAACAUAGUUAAUUUUGGAGAUCUUUUUAAGGCAAUUUGAUUAAAAGGUAAGAGAAAUCAAAUCAUUUUGGGCAUAAUUGCAAAAUAUUAGGACACAAUGAAUAUUGAAUGUAUAUUUCAUGAAAUAUAAUAGACAUAGUAGAAGAUUACAAAAGAAAAAUAAUAUAUGAUUUACAUGCUAGCAGUCUCAUAAUGUCAAUCAAAACUUUCCCACAAAGUUGUUGUAUGUUUUAUGCACCUUCAUUUUAGGCAUUGGAUGUUUCAAUAAAAAUGAUCUAUUGAAAUUUGCUCUUAAAAUCUUAGGUUGGUAUGAACCAUGCAUAAUCUAUAUUUAUACAGAUUUUGACAUGGAAAGGAAUCAGUAUAUGCAUAAUUAUGUUUGAAAUAGACAUUUCUCUAGAAUAUUAAAUUCAUUCUCCAUUCUCAAUAUGGGGAAAUAAAUUUCAGUGGAAAAUUGC